GCUAUUACUGGCCAACAUGGGACCGACUGUGGCCCUCCUGCUCCUGGGCCUCUGCUCUCUGGGCUCCUUGGCACAGCGACCCACUGUGUCGGGGCGAUUUACAAAGGAGCCUGGUCCUGCCAUGAUUGGGCGGCCAAAGCCCGGAAAGUGCCCGGAGCCGGUGAAUAUUGACUCCUGUGACCGAUCCCUGAAACAUGAAUGUGACACCGACCCCCAGUGCCCAGCCAAUAGGAAAUGCUGUCACAACGGCUGCAGGAAGAGAUGUCUCCACCCCCUGGAAGACAAGAGGGAUUCCUGCCCCUACUACGACGCCUCCCUCUGUGGCCUGGACUUCCCCUCGGACGAUGAGUGCAAAGUGGACGGUCAGUGCCCGGGGAAAGAGAGGUGCUGCUGCUCCAACUGCCGCCUGGAGUGCACCCCAACUGUCAUAGAACACAUUGGGUUUUGCCCCGAGACCAUAGAAACGCUGUCGUGCAUCUCUGCCCUAGAUACCCCCCUGUGUCAGACUGAUAGCAGCUGCCCCCGGGGCUGGAAGUGCUGUCUCAGUGGGGAGAGGAUGCAGUGUGUGGAGGCCUUGGCUGAGAAGCCCGGUAAGUGCCCCAUCCCUGUAACCAGAUGCCCCCCUCCUGCCCCCAACCCAGCCUGCUCCAGCGACGCUAACUGCCCCGGGAACAAGAAGUGCUGCACCCCUGCCUGUGAGCCCAAGUGCAUGGAGCCAAUCUAG